AAUUAUUAACCGAGCUUCACCUUCCCGCUCUUAAGAAAGAGCCCGAGAAGAUAAACGUGUGUCGCGAACUAACAAAUCAAUUCUUUUUUUUUUUCUUAUGAAAUAGGAUAAAGAAGAAGAAUAUCAUUACUCGAAGAAGAAUACGCAUAUUUGAUUUAACUAAUUUGAUAUCUUUUUUUAUUUGCACGGUAAUGAUAUUAUAACAUUUUUAUUUCCUUUUUUUUGGUCUAUUUUAUUUUCCCAAGUUUAAAAAGUGUUCUCCUAGCUUGAAUAAAAAUCGUUUCUCAUCGAUUCGCAGGAGUUCAAAGAUAGUAGAUGAACGAAUGAGAAAGUAAGUGAAGCUAUUUAACAUUUUUAGCGUUAAAGUUUCACGAAAGAAAAUUGAAGAGUGUAUUUGAUAUUAUAGAGUGUGAAUUUCAAAAUAUCGAUAAGAUUAAUUAUUCGUGAUGAAGAGAAAGAACCUAUUGUGCUUUCUGUGGACCUUAUUCGUCCUUCGAUCGAACGACUUCGUUAUCGCUGAAGCUGAUCCCGCGAUUUUACCGGGUACUGAAUAUGGUCAUCUUCAACAGAAUCCAUCUCCUCUCGAUUCUCGUCCUCGACUCUCAGCCUCCCAGCAAGUCCAGAUUCUCAGUGAUGUUCAGCAACAUCAACAACGAUUUCAUCGACCAGGUCAAGAGAGCUCACAGUUCAGUGCUCCUUAUGCGUCCUUGGCGAAAUAUAAGAUCGACAGGACGAAGCAACAGCAACUCCAACAGCUUCUUCAACAGCAGCAGCAAGUGCAGCAAUUGAUUCAGCAACAACAACAAAAAAUUACUCAACAAUUGAACUCGAAUAGUUUUAACAGUCCUCAAGCGCAAUAUUAUCAGCAAGCUAACAAACAACAGCAAUUUCAACAACAGUACAAUAAUCAAUAUCAAAACUUACCGAAAAAUAUACAAAAUAUUCAACAAGAUCUUUCGCAGCCUCUCUUCAGCGAACAGCAUACAAUUCAAUUACAAGCUUAUUUGGAAAAGCAACGAGAAUUGGAGGAAUUGCAGAAGCAAAGACAACAAUUAAUAUUAGAACAACAGGAAUUGAAAAGGAGGCAGGAAUUAUUGAAAUUGCAACAACUCCGGCAACUUACUUCGACGACUUCAUCGCCAUCACCUCCACCGCCAUUAUCCUCGUCUCAACCUUCGACAACAACGAUUCCAUUCGUUAGUACAACUAACGCACCGAUUGUUUUAACGUCUCAGGCAGCUAGAAAGAUCACAACGUCGGAAGCAGAACUAUUUUUAAAAGCUAUAGCUAACCAUCAAAAAAAAUAUUCUACGACUACUAGCAUACCAGCAACCGUAAAACCACUCGUUAACGUCGAACAACAGCAUCAUGAGGAUAUUCGAGAAGAAACGUCCACUAUUCCGGAAAAUCUAUCUUCUCUUAUCGAAGAGCACAGAAGGCAAGCGAUACAACAAGGUAAACCAAAGCCUGAAAUAAAAAUUAUUUAUCAAACUGAAGCACCAGCGAAACAAACUACUGCGAAAAGCAAACUCGUUGAAUCUUCGGAUGCUUUGGAAAGAGAAUUAUUAUUGAAACAAUUGAAAUCGGCAUUGUCCGAAACAGGUGAAAGUGAUGAUAUUAGAAACGUAACUACUAGAGAUUUGGUUCUUCCAAAUGGGAAAAAGCUUCAAGUUAUACACGCUCCCAAUGGUUUGUCCUCCAUUGUACCUACUGAUAGUUCUACAUCUCUUCGAACUUCCACACAAAUUUUAUCUUCCACUACGACUACAAUAAAGCCACCUAAAGUGAUCUUCGAGGAAUUGACAAAGGGUGUGCUUCCGCCUGGUGCCGAUUUUAAAAUAAUUCGACAAAAGAGUGAUGGGAAAUUAGAAGAAAUAGGUAAAGCACCUAUUCAAAACUUACCUGCUAAAAAGGUGACAUUUGUGGUUCUGGAAGAACAACCUGACGGUAGUUAUAAGGUUCAGGGUGUCAAGGGUAAUACAGAUAAGGAAGGAACUGACGUAGAAUCUAUUGUGGAAAAGAUUAAGAAGGGUGAAUUGAAACUACCGCCGAGUUCUUCGAAUCCUACAAAAGCUACAUUUGAAGAAGAAGCCGAUGAGGAAAUUACUGAUUUUUUAUCUACUAAAAUAUCAUCACCAUCUUCACGAACUGUCAGUAUUGUACCUACGACAUCUAAAUCCACUACAGCAAGAUAUACAACUCCAUCUUCUAGGCUCAGUGGAAGUAAAGCAACAUCAGAGUACUACCCUUACGUCACGGUAUCUUCAAACUCAGCCUCAACUGGAGACAAUUAUGUUACAUCUGCUUCCAGUUUAAGCAGCCACGUCUAUAACACUGUUGGUGCAACAGACAUAAAUUUGAAAUCGAAAAGUCAGACUGUACCAGCAACUACAAGAGCGUCUAUAGGAACAAAGAGUCAUUUUGUUCCAACUAUGGCGCCCGUUAAUGAAAUCAUUACGACAUAUCCACCCCCGAUCAGUACUACUUUCUCAUCCUUAUCAUCCUUUUCUUCUCAUUUCACUCCUAGACAACCUUCCGAAACUUCACCAACAUCAAGAUCGAUAAUAAGUACUACACGAUCACCCGUUACUCAUAAUACAAAUCCUAUUUAUCAGGAUGAUAUUGAAAGGACUACGAUUUCUUCUAUUGAAUCACACGUUAAUAAAAAUCAAGUACACGAGAGUCUUACAACAUUGUUAAAAAAGGAAGGACUCUUUGCUAUAGCCAAGUAUCUAAGACAAUCUGGAUUAGAUACUGUGUUGAAUGAAACUGGUCCAUAUACGAUAUUCGUACCAACGGAUAAAGCAUUUAGAACAUUGUUAGUGCAACUUGGUGGACCAGAAAAAGCGGAACAAAAAUUCCGUGAUAAUCCAAGAUUAUUAAGCGGGCUUCUUCUUCAUCACGUUAUACCUGGAGCAUUUAGAAUUGAUACUUUGCAAGAUGAAAUGACUGGUGUAAGUCUUGCUGGAACUCAAUUGCGAGUAAAUGAAUAUGCAAUGCAUGAUCAUGAAUGGAAUGAUGUAAAGCAGGUAACUACUAUUAAUGGAGCCAAAGUGGCACCAAAUAAACGUGAUAUUGAGAUUCCUCAAGGUAUAGCUCAUGCGAUUGAUAGAGUUAUGUUUCCACUUCCCGUUGGUGAUUUGGUACAAACUUUACAAGCCGAUCGUGAAAGGAGAUUCACAACUUUCCUUAAAAUGUUAUACACUUCUGGAUUAGACACUACGCUCGCAGGUCCCAAAACAUUUACGGUUUUCGCACCUACGGAUUCUGCCUUUACUUCAGCUGCUUCGAAAAAUGGAACGCCUGUUUGGACAGAAGAGGAUGGUCCAGUUGCUGCAAAAGCUAUAGUUUCAAAACACAUCAUACCGACUACUUUAUAUACCGCUGGUAUGAGGUAUUAUCUUCAAAAAGAUACAUUACGUGUUCAAUCACCGAUUCAUAUUCAUAAAAAUGGAGGUCGAGUACGAAUAAACGAAAUAAAUGUAGUGACGCAUAACGUACCGGCUACAAAUGGAGUUUUACACGCCAUCGAUGGAGUCUUGUAAAUAUAUUUCUUCAUUGCAACUGAAAGGUUCAGAUAUAUCGGUAAUAUUUAUAUUUUGUAUAUACAAAAAAAAAACACGAGGAUUCGAAGUAAAUCAUGAUAUGUAUAAACUAGUUCACUAAUUCUCCUUAAAAAAAGUUAUUAAUGAGCCUUUAUGAACAUAAGUUUCUUCCAAUUUUAUUCUACGAAGAAAGCAACUUUAAACAAGAAUUAAAAACAUUUCUUGCCAUUUGUCAAUAUUGAUGUUUCACGUGUAAAAAAUGUAGCCUAUUACCAGGAGCAUUAUCUCUACAUGUACGUACAAAAUGUAACAUAUCAUCAGGGGCAUACUAAACUAAAAUUCAUCAUUGUAGUUUCGCCUUUUAAAAAGUAUUAGAAUAAAACACUUUAUAUAUGACAGGCAAUAAAGGUAACUACUUAAUUUAACAAAAAUAAUAGUAAUAAGAAAAUAUGCGAAACGAUAAUUGUAUCGACUCAUUUUAUAAUAAAAAUUUAAUUUUUAUAAAAAAGAAUAUUGAUCAUGAUCACAGAUCAUCGAAUGUUUUAGGCACUUGAUAUAAUUACAAAACAGUUGAUAUAAUUAUAUACAUAUCAUUUUAUAUAAAUAUAUAACCAAUAGAGGUAACGCGUUUGUGCAUAUAUCACACAAGAAUGUAUUGAUUUAAGAUUAUUAUUUUAUAAAUAAAUGUACAGAACCUUUUUCA